AUGCAGUAUCUGGAUCUUUUACUAAUUUCAAGGCCAAUUUAUAUUUCGAGCGGCGAUUGUGGAUAUUGUAAGGGCAAAAAGGAUGAUCCUUAUGCAUUGGAAAGCUGGUUUAAGAAUCGCAAUGAACAGGAAAAGAAACCUCUGUCGAUAACAAUUGGAUUUAGCGUAGAACGAAUGUCAUGUAGUACGUACGAUAGUUUAAUGAACAUAGGAUACAGGCGUUCUGGAACAUUUCUCUAUAAGCCAGAUUUGCUAAGAGGAUGCUGUAGAUUGUUCACCAUUAGAACGAAUAUGAAAAGCUUAAAGUUAGGUAAGCAACAAAGACAAACCAUCAAUCGGUUUAUGAGAGCCAUCGGCGGAGGAGAACAGAUUGACGCAGGCACUAAAAAUAAAAAUCUGGCCAAUUAUUCGACUACCACUCAAACAACCGAGUCCAAUCUUAUUCCUGUGGCACUUGAAAACUUGUUCGCUUUGGAAAGGAAUACCAAUGAAGACACAUUCUACACCAGAUUUGGUCCGUCUAAGUUUACGAAGGAAAAGUUUUUGCUAUACAAGAAGUACCAAAUGAGAGUACAUGGUGACAAAGAGGAAGAUGUUAGUGAAGGCUCAUUUAAAAGAUUUCUCUGUGACACUCCUUUUAGCGAUGAAGAAGUGCUCGGAGACGAAGACACAUGGAAUUACUUAAAUCAUUGGAACGAAGGGGACGCAGCAUACGCAAAGAAGAAAAGAAUCGGCCCUACACAUGAGUGCUAUUAUUUUAAGGGAAAAUUAAUUGCUAUUUCUAUUCUUGAUUUCUUACCUUCCGGAGUUUCAUCUAUUUACUUUAUAUGGGACCCGGAUUAUCCUCAGCUAUCAUUAGGAACUCUCUCUGGGCUACGGGAGAUUUACAUGUGUGAAAAGUUGAAUUUGGGAUACUACUAUCUAGGAUACUACGUGGACGACUGCGUGAAGAUGAAGUAUAAGAAGAGAUUCGGUGGAGAAGUUUUGGAUAUAGCGCGAAUGGAAUUUGCUCCCUUCGAUAAAUUGGACCUGAUAUUGAAAGGAGGGAGAUAUUUUACUAUUCAAUCCACAGAAUCUGAAUCGACAGGUGAAGCAAUUAAAGAACUGGCUAUUGACCUUGAUAAGUUUCCUUCUGACUUUUCAAAGUCUAGGUCACAAUCGCCAAUUGUAAACGAUGCAGAAAGGGUUUAUCACCCUAAACUGCCUAUUUUCACCGCUGCUGAGCACUCAACGUCCAAGAUUUGUUCCCAAUAUGGAGUAAAUCUGAAUAGAAAUGCUGAGAUAUACCACAAGAUUCCAGAUGUCGUACCUGGACUCAUUCCUACCCUGCAACUUCUAGCUCAAUUUGAAACUGACAAAAUUUACGAGCAGAGUUUCCUCAUGCUAAGGAAUGGAAUAGUGAUGGUACCGUUUAGUCGGAUGACUGGUGAGGAGAAAAGGAUUAUUGUUGACUGCAUUCGACUUUUAGGUUUAGAAACUACUCUUAGGACAAUCGUACUUUUUUAA